AUGUCACCGCCGCCCUCGGCACCCGGCGCGUUUCCAGUGUCCAGAGCCCCGCCCUCUCCACGCUCGCCGCUCUCUCCACUCGCUCGCUCGCUUGCUGACCUGCCCCCUCCCCCUGUACCGCCUGUCUUCCGCAGUCCCUCCCUCCCCCCCUCUGUCGCCGCCUCCACCUCCACCACAGCCGCGGACGAGGGCUCGGACAGCUCGGCCUCUACGGCUGCCCGCCUCAGCACGCCGAGGAAGCGCUUCAUAGUGCGCUCGCGCGCACGGCCAGCCCCAUCACCUCGUCGGCGGAAGAAGGAGCGCGAAGAAGAAUGGGAAGAUGUGCGCCCCGGCAUGUCUGCCACCCUCUCCUACCUUCUCGCGCCCCUACGCCUGUUUCUCACUCCGGUGCAAAUGAUCCUUACUCCUGUUCUAUGGCACAUCCUCAACAUCGCCAUCAUGGUGUGCCUCGUCGCGCUCGCGUUCUUCCUCGCCCAGGCGUGGCUCCGCCGUGCACUGGCAGCCAUGUUCUCCCCCGACUCGUCCCUUCCCGGCGCCGUCGCGCUCCUGCCUUUCCGCGCCCUUGCCACUCCGGCUUGCUUCAUCACUGGGAUAGGGUGUGAUCUGUCGCUGCUUACUGCGCCGAAUAUGACUGCUCGGCCGUUCUGGCAAAUGGCCAGCGGGGGAGCAGAGGUGGAUAUUGCGGCUGUCUCGCGGGGACUGAGCAGGGAGGCGAGACAGGCAAAGGAUAUUUUCGAGAGUCUGACAGCACUUGGCGACGGGCGGAUGACAGCGGGCUUGGGGCAUGUGCGUAUUCACGAGCUGGGUAUUGCUGUACAGACCGGCUCCACGCUUGAAGACCGCUUCUUCAUCGGCGCCGAGCUCAUCGAGCUUGCCGAUUUGGCCUCGGACAUAACGGACGAAGUCGUGACGAUCAACGCGAUGAGCGUGAAUGUCUUCUCCUGGCUCUUCUGGGAGUUUUCGAACCUCGUCUCGCUGCUCUCUCUACCCCCCUCCCAAAGGCCCAGCAGCCAUCGCCUCGGAGCACGCCUCGACUCCCUCAUCAACCGGCUCGACCACGAGCUCGACCGCCUGUACUUGUCAGUCGACAGUGCAAUCCCCCUCGCCGCUAGAGGGCGGGACAAAGGCUGGUCGCUGCUACGCCAGCUCAGCGAAGUACACUCGGACCUGAAGGCGGAACACGACCGCUUUCCCGGCUGGCAGCGGGCGCUGGACGUCUCGCGCCGCUUCUUCGCGGGCGGCGACCCGUCCAAGCUCACGCGCAUCAGCCGGGACUUGGACUUGACGCGCGCAACCAUCGGGGGAAUAGACGAGACGAGCAAGAGCCUCGAGCGUGUACGGAUCGACUUGACGGCGUUCCGGACGCAGGUGCGCUCGUUCAAGGGCAGCGUGAUGGGGCUGCAUCUUGGUGCGAGCGAGGAGAUCGGGCUGGGCCCGGAGCAGGAAAUGCAGAUCUUGACGGGGGUAGUGGAAGAGCUUGGGCUUGCUGUUGGGCGGGCGAAGCGGCGGCCGGCGAGCGACGACCGGUUGAUCGAGGCGUAG